AUGGAAAAUCAAGAAGAAAACAAAAAUAAAAAACAAUCAGAUGAACAACAACCACAAUCUACAUCAGAACAAAUACCAAAACAAGGAAAAAGAACAAUCAUUAUCCCACCAAUCACAUCCUCAUUUAAUGAUAAAACAUUUAUGGCCCUAGAUGAUACAGCUCAAAAGGUAAUAGAAGCAUCACUAGAAAACGUAGAUGAACUAACAAGAAUAGAGAAUGAGAUCAAUACACAAUCGAUAAACAAUCAAGAAAUUAAAACAAAAUCAGAAAAACCUAUCGAACCACCAUCUCCAUACAAUACACCAAUAAAACAACACGGCGAAACAAAGGGACUAACAACGGAAGAAAAACUUAGAGAGGCAAAUGAUAUCUUCGACUUCACCAGCCCAAACACUGAUGCAAUAAGAAAAAUAGAAUUCCCACUUUCAAUCCCUUCAAAUCAAUGGUUCUUCUCCUCUCCAAUAAAACAUAUCAUGAGUUUCAGCCCAACCUAUGGUACACCAUCGAAAAUUAUCGAUUCACCAAGUAAAUUGUUAAACACACCAAAAAAGAAACAACAAGACAAAACAAACAAGACCAACAAAACACCAGUCAAACCAAAAUUGGGUGAAUAUGGACAAAAAAGCAUAAAAACAAAAAUGGAUGAAGAUAUAGACAACUUCAACAAGGAAAUUCUAAAACAAAUCAAUAAAUCAAAAAACCCCACAAACACACAAGACCAACAACACAACGAACAAAAAAAACACAAUAAGAAUAGGUGUUUGGAACAUCCAAGGAUCCAACACCAUCCAAUCUGCCAGCAUAAUAAACACCGUUUUAGACAACAACAAGCUGGACGCAGCACUUCUAACUGA